UCAAAUUGGAAUGUCAUUGUCAAUGUCAAACGAAAUCGAAUUCAGCUGUACUGCGAAGGGUUGUUCUUUUGCGUGAAUUGUGAUAACUUUUGUUGAUAAAGUACUGCAGAUUCCCAAUUUUCCACAUUGCUGGUGCUCUGCUUGAGUGUAGUAAAAUGCAGAGUGUUAUUAACUCGGUGAAGGGCACCGCACUUGGAGUCGCAGGCUACUUGACGCCGGUGCUGAAGGAGUCAAAAUUCCAAGAGACAGGAGUGCUAACUCCCGAAGAGUUUGUGGCUGCGGGAGACCACUUGGUGCACCACUGUCCAACCUGGCAGUGGGCUAAGGGUGAAGACGCUAAGAUCCGGCCGUACCUGCCUGGUGAUAAGCAGUUCCUUAUCACUAGGAAUGUGCCCUGCUAUAGGAGGUGUAAACAGAUAGAAUACUGUGAGGACAAAGAGAAAGUGAUAGAGAAUGAAAAUGAUGAAGACGGCGGCUGGGUGGACACACACCACUAUGACAAUGCUGGAUCACCCACUGUUGAAGAGAAGGUAUGUGAGAUGACACUGGACGCGGCCGACACGGGCGACAGCGACGGCGAGGGCGCGGCGGGUGAGCGCGAUGAUGAUGAUGACGAUGAAGACGAUGAGGACGGAGAGGCCGAAGACAUGGAGCAGUUCCAGGAGUCGGGGCUGCUGGAUGAGGUGGAUCCGUCCACAGACCUAGCGCCGCGCAAAGAGCCCAAAGCGAAGUCGGACAAGAAGUCGAAGUCGGACGGCGACGAGAUCAUCCGCACACGGACUUACGACUUACACAUCACGUACGACAAAUACUACCAGACGCCGCGACUCUGGCUUAUUGGAUACGACGAGGAUCGCACACUUCUAAGCGUGGAACAGAUGUACGAAGACGUGUCUCAGGACCACGCCAAAAAGACUGUCACCAUGGAGUCGCACCCGCACCUGUCUGGGCCCAGCAUGGCGUCUGUUCAUCCUUGUCGUCACGCCGAAGUAAUGAAGAAGAUAAUAGAGACGGUGACAGAGAGCGGCGGCGAGAUGGGCGUGCACUCCUACCUCAUCGUGUUCCUGAAGUUCGUGCAGACCGUCAUCCCCACCAUCGAGUACGACUUCACGCAGAACUUCGCCAUCAACUAGUCGGAGACGCGGCCACACACGCGCCGGUACGCAGUGCUCUACCCGCGACCCGCCGACCGCACACAUCCGGUGACCUGAAACAUCCUGGCGACGUCACAUGCUUGGCGACCUUUCAUAUUUUACUCACAUAUUCUAGCGACCGUGUGUCGGUGUCCGGCUGUAUCCUAGCAACGUUGUGUCGAUGACGUAUUUACUUUCUUACUGUAGGACUCAUAAGGAUUGGAUAAGGAUUUGCGAAUUACGCAAUAACGCGCUUGGCGUGUCAAUGGAUUGAACAAAAAGUUGGACAAAACAAUGAUGGUUUCCCAUUAAAUGUUAAUAGUCUGCCACAUGAGUUGCCAUGCUUUAUAUGAGAGUCGGUGGGUUGGUUUCGUAUGUAGAGUGCCUUAGCAAUAUGUUUGGAUACAAUAGAAUUUGCUUGUAGCAGACAAAAGUAAGAAAUGAACGUUCCAGUUGUCUUUUAAGGAAUAGAGACAUCUUCAUUAAUGUAAUUAUGUAAACCUCAUCCAAUCAAAACUAUAGCGCUAAAUGCGAAUUCUAUUGUUAUAAAAAUAACUGGUCUGAAAACAUGAGACAAUUUAGCAACAAAAAUAAUUAGCAGACUACUUUGCGUGUACAAUAAUUAAAACUAAAAAAAACUCCUUUUACAUCGAUAUUAAGCUAUGAAUAGGAAACAAAAUACUGCCGCGUCUUUAUAAUAUUACAUUAUCGUACGAUAUCGUAGUGUAGGCCCGUACGAUUUAGUCGAUACUUUGCUAUUCGAUAUAUCGAUGUCGUAAAUUAUUGUGAUUAAAAAUUUACAAAUUGGAGAUGUUUUUAAUCAUAGCUAUAUUUGUACAAUAUAAUUGAAUGGAGUUUAUUUUGAACUGAAAAUUUAUAUUUUAUCUGAGCCAGUGCAAUAACAGUGAAUGAUUGUAUCAAUAGCUUUAAUUGCCGCAUUUGUUUGUUUACAAAUAUUUUUAAGUAACUUUUGCCUGUGGCCUUGCCUGUACUUUAUCAUGCAUUCAUGUUCUCGUUAUAUUAUCAUAGGAUUGGCUUUAUGAUCAUAUCACUUCAACGUCUAUGAUAAAAUAUGUGUGUGCUAUAUUGGAAGGAAAUGACAUGGCCAUGUAUGUAGUACCACAACUUUCAAACACAUUCGUCUUCUUCUUCUUAAAGCAAUACUUUGUAGUAAUACAUCAUAUCAUGAAAAUAUAAUGUAAUCUUCCAAUAGUUUCACCAUUCACGACAAAUACCCAUAGUUAGAAGUUUAACACACCUGAUAAUUAAUUUUAUAAAUAAAUGCCUUAUGAAGCGAAGUCGACAAAUUCCCAAUACAUUUGAAAACUGGCACAAAUCAAAUAGUUUGUACAAACAGUUUAUUGUUGGGAACAUUCCUAUGUUAGCGCCAUAGUUUAGAGAUAAUUAAUACUAAUCAUAUAUUAAUUAGUUAGCGAGUAUUGCCAGAUUCAAUUACCUCUGGAUAAGUGCCCGUUAAGCUUAUAUUGCAAAUAAUCUAGUUGUAGUAAGACAGGCGCUUCCUGUUUGUUAUCAUUCGUAGCUUUUAUACCGACUGACAAAUGUAUUGUUUAUGAUAAUGCACUUUCUGAAAAUAAUUUGGAACAAUGUAAUUAGUUUGAAAUUGUUUCGUAUAAGCUUAUUGGAAAUGCUUUCAUAUCACAAAUGCACAUCAGAAUGUAUUGAAAAUUUUUAAAUUAUACUUCCUUAUCAAGUUUCUAUGAAUGACAGGAGAUACUUAGGGCCGAGAUACACCGGAAAGGCAGCCGACAAGACACGCGUUGCUAGCGACUGUAUCAAGCUUUUAAAACGAUAUACUGGACUGCUAGCCGCUGCCAUUCCGGAGUGACGCGGCCCUUAGAAUAAAAAUGCGCCCGACGAUCAUACACGCUGUCAUUCUUGGAGGCUAAUGUAUACAUCCAAACGUUAUUAAUUUAUUUAGAACAACCAUUUUCAGACAUUAUUUUAAGUUAUGUUAUUCAAAUUUUCGUAUAGACUUUUGUGUAAUAUUAUUUUAUAGUUACAUACUUGUAUGGUUAGGUAAAUAAUUGUUAUUUUACAUGUAAAUGCACUAUUCGGUUUAUUUUUUAUAUAAUAUAACAUAUUUUGCCUAUUAAA